AUGGGCCUACCCUUACGAAACGCAAGUCUUCCCAUACCCAUACCCGGGCCUCCGGGUCCGGGUGGGUCCAACGACAUCUCCGAGUCCGGCACCGAUUCCGGCUCGGGUUUCGGCCUCAGCAUCAUCGCCUCCGGGCAACCAAUUUCCGGGUCUCGCCACACCCAUUCUCUCCGCAUCUCCCAUCCACGCCGCGGAUGCCUUGGUGACGCCUGCGGGUUAGACCCGGACAGCUACCGCACCACGCUCGACCGGUGCAGUAGGUCUAGGUCCAAUUUCAAACCCAACAGCAACAACAAGCAUCACGAUAAGCUCCGGCGGCGUGCUCAACUCGCUCGGAAUUCCCCUGAGCCAAGUCCAUCAUCAUCCCACGACGCAAGCCCUCGACGCAGUCCAUGGUCUGCAGACGCGGACGAGGGAUGUGUCCUUGCGCGCUCGACACUUGCGCUGCCAGGUGAAGAUCUAACGCCGGAAUGGGGUUCUGCGCCCCGAGGAUCUAGUGAAGAUGAGAUAUCCCCGUCAAGUCAGUCCAGCCAGUCAAGCCAGUCAUCAACGCAGUCGAGGCGAAGUCGAAGGCGCAGUGGCGGUGGUAGUGGUGGUAGUCAAGACGGGGAAGGAGAGAAAAGACGUCCACCAUCACUAGAACGACAAGACGCCUUUCGCGACGAAAAGACGGCCAAGAAGCCUCCGCAAUCUUGGGCGACCCCACGCGUUAUUCCUCGCAACCACUAUGAUGACGACAACAACAACAACCACAACAGUAGCGACAACGACGAAGACAUUGCCGAGCUGUACCGCCUCGGUGUGCUCUACGACGACGUCCAUGAGCGCGGCUCAGGGUUCUCUCUGGCACAGAUUGACCAUGUGGAACCGACGUACUCCUUGCGGGUGCGACCCCAGCGGUCGCGGCGCAGGGCCGAGGAGAGAGAGGAAUGGGGUGGAAGGGAGGGGGAUGAUUGGUAUCAUGAGCCCUCUGGGCUAUCAGCGGUGGAUUUGGCGGUUUCAGCGUUUGGGGAAGAUGAACGGGUGGCGGGUUGGCUGUUAUCGGGUACUUCUUCUUUCUCCCAAACGACAUCCAUGCCGUCCCAGCCCCAGUCCCAGCAACGGACGACUACGCAACACGACGGGCAGCUGGUGACGGUCAUUUACGAGCUGGAGGACGACGACUACCACGAGACACGCACCAUCCCCGCGGCAUCGGAGGACAAUUCACUUGAUUUGGUUUCACUUUCUUCUGGGAGGAUUUCUUUAUCAGACUACGACAUGGCGGAGGAUGUAAUGAUGACGGAUGCAGGGACGGAGGCGGAAAGCGACGUUGAUCCCUGGGUUGUGCUGGGCCCUGACGGCUCGUAG